AAAGUUCCAUUUUGCACCUCUACUCAUUGCACACACAAGUUAAACUAUGGUUGACGUGAAGCUACUUGGAUUUUGGUCUAGCCCUUUUGUUCAUAGAGUCAUUUGGGCUCUAAAAUUCAAAGGCAUAACCUAUGAAUAUAUAGAACAAGAUCGACACACCAAAAGCCAGUUACUCCUUCAAUCCAAUCCUAUUUACAAGAAAGUGCCUGUUCUUAUUCACAAAGGAAAAGCCAUUGUAGAGUCACUUGUUAUUCUUGAAUACAUUGAAGAAACUUGGCCAGAGAAUCCAUUGCUUCCAAAAGAUGGACAUGAAAGAGCCUUAGCUCGAUUUUGGAUUAAAUUUGGAGAAGAUUCGAUUGUUUCUAUAACUCGUUUGUUUAUGCGACCUCCUAAAGACGAAAAGGAAAGAGUUAAGGCAAUAGAAAAAGCACAACAAACCAUCACAAUAAUGGAAGAGCGAGGUUUAGGGGACAAGAAGUUUUUUGGUGGCAACAAUAUUGGAAUGGUAGACAUAGUAUAUGGAUGUCUUGGUCAUUGGUUAGAAGGGUUGGAAGAAAUUGUUGGGAUCAAAUUAAUUGAGGAAAAAAAUUUUCCUUGCAUGCAUGCAUGGAUUCAAAACUUUAAGCAAGUUCCUUUGAUUAAAGAAAACCUUCCAGAUUAUGAGAAAUUGUUGCUCCAUCUUCAGUGGCGUAGGCAGGAAUAUGUUAUAUAGUUUCAUCAAUAUGAAAAAAGUUGGGUUGGAAAUUAGGAGAAAAAAAUAAUUAAAAAACUAGUUUUUGUAUAAAAGUCUUUUUCAAGAGUGUCUACAGCAAAACUCAACAUAAAGAUCUUAGAAGAAUGGAAGUGUGUAUUAAACUCAUAGAUUAGAUUGAUAUGAUUCUUAACUUUAAUCAAGGAUUUGGCACCAUUGAUAUAUGCAUUACUUAUUGCUUAUCUAA